CGACUUCCCAUCACCUCCCACACCUUUCCUCACUUUCUCUGUCUUCCACAAACAAAGCACAGGAACCUGUGGCACUGGCUGAACGUGACUUGGUUGGUCAUCAUACUGGUUUCUAGCAGCAGUGAGGGCUCUCACUGAAAAUGUCACCUGCAUUAUGGGAGCAUUUUUUGGCCGGCUCAGGGCCUUAACUGAAAUAGUAUACCCUAUUAAAUCAAGUAUUAGAAUUUAACGAAACACCCUUCUAACGUCCCCUGAACUGCCUCAUUUCCUAAAGUGACUGCAGAGCGAUUAUCUAGAUUGAUAAGUGACAGCUCUGCACAGUCAACUCUGGUUACAGUUCUCCCACUUCUGAAGCUGUGGCUUAGAAGAGGAAGCAGUUAAAGUAUUUGUUUGUAGGUUGCUGGUAAGGAGGCUUGCGGAAGCUUUCCCUUUUUUUUUUUUACCUUCAAAAUAGCUUUCCAAAGUACUUCACUGAUACCAGGCUGCUGAAGGGAUGCUGUGAGCUUCAGGAGUUGUGCCCAGAGGGGAGAAUGUUUCCUGGAUGCUAAGGUAUUUGCAGCUCUGUAGGAGCUCAACAGCUGAUUUGCUGCCCAAGUGCUGAGGACGUGAAAUACUGGAAGAGGUUUGCAUGCUGGAGAGUCACUGGAAGAACUGAGCACCGGGCACGGAGAACGAAUCUCGCGCACGGUCAUCGAUGUCCAUGCUCCCUUCUGCAGCUCAAGCCAGAGCGGGAGCGCCUCCAGCAACUCGCCAUGCCAACAACAGCCUGGCGCUGAGCAGCCUGGAUGGCAUUUACAUCGGUACCGAGUGCUUGGUUGCUUUGUUUGCCACUUUGGGUAACAUCCUGGUCAUCUGGGUGGUGAAGCUGAACUCGACGUUUCAGAACACGACUCUGUACUUCAUCGUUUCCCUGGCGCUGGCCGAUAUCGCGGUGGGGCUCCUCGUCAUACCCCUGGCCAUCGUGGUGAGUCUGGGCAUCAGCGUCCACUUCUACACCUGCCUCUUCAUGUGCUGCCUGAUAGUGGUGUUCACUAACGCGUCCAUCCUCUCCCUCCUGGCCAUCGCGAUCGACAGGUACCUGCGAGUGAAGCUGCCAACCAGAUACAAGAUCAUCACUACAGAGAGAAGAGUUUGGUGGGCACUGGGUUUGUGCUGGUCUCUGUCCCUCCUGGUAGGCUUGGUCCCCAUGUUUGGAUGGAACAAAACAGAACCAAGGAACUCUGACUUUCUCAGGUGUCAGUUUACCUCUGUGAUGAGGAUGGAUUACAUGGUGUAUUUUGGCUUCUUCACAUGGACGCUCGUCCCUCUGCUCAUCAUGUGUGCUCUGUACGUUGAAAUCUUUUACAUCAUCCGGACAAAGCUAAGUCAAGGUACAACCACCGUGAGAGGGGCAGGAGCUUUUUAUGGCCAGGAGUUCAAGACAGCCAAAUCUCUAGCACUUGUUCUCUUCCUGUUUGCAAUAUCCUGGUUGCCUCUGUGCAUUAUAAACUGCAUUUCCUAUUUUUACCCCGAGUGUCAGAUCCCUCCGUAUUUGUUGUACUUAGGAAUCCUGUUAUCCCAUGCCAAUUCUGCCAUGAACCCCAUUGUCUAUGCUUGCAAGAUAAAGAAGUUCAAAAACACGUACCUUUUAAUUUUAAGGACCUAUAUCCUGUGCAAAAAACGACCCAGUUCUUACAGAGCAAACAACAGACCAACAGUCAUAAAUAAAGAACGAACGUUGACCCGCCAGUAUACACCAGACCGUUGAUAAACCACUUUGCUUUGUUAAGAAACUCAUGGGAAAGUGUUUGUUCUGUUUCAUCUACUCCUGCUCUUGCACGAACUGUUUUAUGAUAAGGGCAAGCUCCUCUUAGACAAUCUGAUGCACAUUUGACAUCAAGCUCAAAAGCAUCACUUACGAUCUUCUGCAAUAUUGUACCCCAGAGAAUUCUGCGUGGUGGUUGCUGUACCAAGCCCAGACCUUCCAGGCAAGCAUCUUCAUUUAACAGGACCUUCCAGUUUUUAUUUAUUGGCUUGAGCAUUAUUUGGUAGACCAGCGACCCAGAGCAGUGUUAACAAGGCAGACUUUGUGCUCCUAGCUCAGAUCUGUGAUGAGCUCCUAAAAAACAGUGCUUGUUCAUUUCCAGUUUGGACUCAAGUCAACUGGAGUCUUUCUGCUAUAAUUUCGAUUUCUCCUUUUGCCCAGUUAUAGGAACUUUGCUUACACACAGCCCUGACGGUUUGGGGUUUUUUUGGUCCGGUAGCACCUGCCCAAUAAAACGAUAGCGUCUCCUGGGACACCUCCGCCUGCAGAUGACCUGCACAAGUGAAAUUACCAGCCCGGCUGAAAGGCCAGGAGCCGCACUGGCUUUGUGACCCUCCUCUCCUUUGGGGGAGAUCCUGUCAGUGGGAGACUCUCAUGGCUUUUAAAUCAAGACAACGCUCACCCCAGAAGGCUGCAGAGUGGACCUCAGACAUAGAGCACCAGGCAAGAGCCAAACUGCCAAACACACUGAAGCUAUUCAUUAAUGAGAUACGCUGGGGACAGGGCAACACGCCAGGAAGAGAUGACUGUCAAAAAAUAAACUAAUGAUAUCCUUAAGUUCUUCCCUCCUCCCCCAGCUACCUGACCAAGAAUGGAAUCAACUAUCCUAAAAUUGUCAAGGAUGUGUUUCCUAAUUUGUUGCUAAAAAACAUCAAUGCUUGGGGAUUCUUCCUGCACAGCAUAUUCCCAUGCUUAAUUCUCCCUAUAAUCACUAACUGUUUUCCUAAUACUUGAUUUAAAUGUAAUUUGCUGCAAGGCUCCUCUGUAAACCUGAAGAACAGUUGCUCUUUUUGUAACAACCUGUUACAGAUCUGAAAACUACUCUAAAUGUAUAUGUAAAUAUGGAUGUAUAUGUGUCUUUGUAUUAAAACUGUUCCAAAAUACAGAAAAGAUACUUCAGAAAAAUUUCAUCCAGUGUUAGUUUUUUUACAUAAGGAUUGGUUGGGUCCACUGAAAAAUAGGAUAAAUAUGUUCCUUGUUGUUGGUAAUAGAGCAGCUCGCAGUCCAGGCAUGUCCUCGCUGAUUAUUUUUAUACCCUUUGUCUUCUCUGUCAAUUUAGACUAAAUUUGAGUCUGGUCAACUUGUGUUGCAGUGUUGUCACAUUUUCAAGAAUAAUAAUAAGUGUUAGAUGGAUUUUAUAUUAAAUCAGCCGGCUUGUUUCCCACAACAAUCAAAAAAGCAGCCUGUGUGAAAUCUCUGCACUGUUUUAGUCGGAGUCCUGACUAGGACGGCACAGAAAUUGCAGUAAAUAUUACACCACAGCUCUUACACCCUGCUUUUAGGGAACAUGGGUCACACUUAAAAUAGUUCAUUAAAGGCCAGGCCCCCUUUUCUCCAUCUUUAAAUAAUAAAAGUGAUCUAGAAAAGGGA